GCUGCCGCCAUGUCGUCGGUCGCCUCCACAGACGCUUCGUCACGACAUUGAAGACGGCAGAGGAACAACCUAAGAUUCCACUCACUGGAGCAUUUUGAAAAGAGUCGCAUCUAUGGAAGAAGUACAAGACUUAGCAGAACAGCCUAUGAAAAAAGCCAAGAUGCAGGAAUCAGGUGACCAGAUGUUAAGGCAAGUGAACAGCACAGACGGUAGCGAUCAGAAACCCGAGUCAUCAAGCCUUGGUGCAAACCUGUCCAUGUCCAGCGAAAUUAUGCCGUGCCCUGAUUACAUCUCAAGGUCGCCGAAUGAAUAUACCUCACAGAUGUAUUCUGCAAAGCCAUAUGCACAUAUCCUUUCCGUACCCGUAUCAGAAACGAUGGCCUCUUAUUCUGGUCAGACUCAGUACCAAGCACUGCAGCAGUCAUCUCAGACGUACGCCGUGUAUCCUCAGACGACCCAAGCCUACGGACUACCUCCUUUCGGUGCACUGUGGCCAGGUAUGAAACCUGAGAGUGGUUUAAUUCAGACUCCAUCUCCAAGUCAGCACAGUGUUCUUACCUGCACUGCAGGUUUAACCACAAGCCCGUCCAGCCCAGCUCAUUAUUCUUACCCUAUUCAAGCUUCAGGUACCAACGCCAACUCAGUUUCCACUUCUUCAGCAGCCGUCAACAUUUCGUCAUCUGCAGUAGCCAGCAUCUCUCAACAGGAUUAUCCUACGUACACCAUCCUCGGCCAAAGUCAAUACCAGCCAUAUUUCUCGAGUUCUAGCUUUGGAGUGAUAGCACAAGCAGACAGCAGCACAGAGAGUUCCACCUUAGCGACGUCCACGUAUCCUUCUGAAAAACCCAACGCCAUGGUGCCUACUCAGACGGCGCAGAGACAUUCCUCUGGAGAUCCAUCAACGAGUCCCUCAUUGCUAAGAGCAACUGCUAGUAAAGAUCUAGACGAGCAGUCUAGGAAAAAUGCAACGGGGAAAAACAGAGGCAAGAGGAAAGCAGACUCUUCUUCACCGCAGGACAACGAACUGGAAAGAGUGUUCCUGUGGGACUUGGAUGAAACCAUCAUAAUAUUUCAUUCUCUUCUUACUGGAUCAUAUGCCCAGAAAUAUGGGAAGGAUCCAACUCUAGUGAUCGGCUCUGGUUUGACUAUGGAGGAAAUGAUUUUUGAAGUGGCUGAUACACACUUAUUUUUCAAUGACUUAGAGGAAUGCGACCAAGUCCACGUGGAAGACGUUGCAUCCGAUGACAAUAGGCAAGAUUUAAGUAACUACAAUUUUGCCACGGAUGGUUUCAGCGGCUCAGGAAGCAACGGCAACCACGGCUCAGUGGGCGUCCAGGGCGGAGUGGACUGGAUGAGGAAACUGGCCUUCCGCUACCGGAAAGUGCGCGAGGUCUAUGACAAAUACAAAAACAACGUGGGGGCCCUCCUCAGCCCCGAGAAGAAGGAAGCGUUGCAGAGAUUACGGGAAGACAUAGAAGUAUUAACAGACUCCUGGCUGGGAACAGCACUGAAGUCCCUCCUUCUCAUUCAGUCCAGGAAGAACUGUGUGAACGUUCUAAUAACCACCACCCAGCUAGUACCAGCCCUGGCCAAGGUCUUGCUGUACGGAUUAGGCGAAGUGUUUCCAAUUGAAAAUAUUUAUAGCGCAACAAAAAUAGGUAAAGAGAGCUGUUUCGAAAGGAUCGUGUCCCGGUUUGGGAAGAAGGUGACGUACGUGGUGAUCGGAGAUGGGCGUGAUGAAGAGAUGGCAGCCAAGCAGCACAAUAUGCCCUUUUGGAGGAUCACGAACCACGCCGACCUGGUGUCCCUUCACCAGGCCCUUGAACUGGACUUCCUGUGAGGAGCUGAGCAAUGGCAAA